CCCCUCGCCUGACUCAUCCGCCCGCGGUGGCCGCGCGCGCCGCUGCCCGAGCCCCCGCCGGGAUGGGGAGGGAGACCGAGGCUGCCGGCGGCUGCGGAGCUUCCUGCUGAUGACCCCGACCCUGCCGCCGCCGCCUCCUGCGCUCGUCUCCGGAGGCGCCAGACGUCCCAACAGCUCCCGGAGGGAGAGCCCGGAGAGGCGGCUGGACCUCCGAGUCCCCGCGCUCCGGACAGAAUAAAAGACGGAGCUAUGAUAGCGACUGGUGGAGUGAUAACCGGCCUGGCCGCCUUGAAAAGGCAAGACUCUGCCCGAUCACAGCAUCACGUCAGCCUCAGCCCCUCACCUGCUGCCCAAGAGAAGAAACCAGUCAGACGUCGGCCAAGGGCUGAUGUCGUGGUUGUUCGAGGCAAAAUCCGGCUUUAUUCCCCCUCUGGUUUCUUCCUCAUUUUAGGAGUGCUUAUCUCCAUUGUUGGAAUUGCAAUGGCAGUCCUUGGAUAUUGGCCCCAAAAAGAACAUUUUAUUGACGCUGAGACCACAUUGUCCACAAACGCAACUCAGGUCAUUCGGAACCAAAGUGGCGUGGUGGUUCGCUUCUUUGAGCAGCAUUUACAUUCUGAUAAGAUGAAAAUGCUUGGCCCCUUCACCAUGGGGAUUGGCAUUUUCAUUUUCAUUUGUGCUAAUGCCAUUCUUCAUGAGAACCGUGACAAAGAAACCAAAAUCAUACACAUGAGGGACAUCUAUUCCACAGUCAUCGACAUCCACACGCUAAGAAUCAAGGAGCAAAAGCAUAUGAAUGGCAUCUACACGGGUCUGCUAGGAGAAACUGAAGUCAAACAGAAUGGGAGCUCCUGUGCCUCGAGACUGGCAGCGAAUACCAUUUCCUCUUUCUCGGGUUUUAGGAGCAGUUUUCGGAUGGACAGCUCUGUCGAAGAGGAUGAGCUUGCGCUAAAUGAAAAUAAGAGUUUGGGGCAUCUUAUGCCACCUUUGCUCUCUGACAGCUCUGUCUCUGUCUUUGGCCUGUAUCCAUCUCCUUCCAAGACAACUGAUGAUAAGACGGGUGGCUCUAAGAAAUGUGAAACCAAGUCAAUUGUGUCGUCAUCCAUCAGUGCUUUUACAUUGCCUGUGAUCAAACUUAAUAACUGUGUUAUUGAUGAGCCCAGUAUAGAUAACAUCACCGAGGAUGCUGAGAACCUCAAAAGUCGGUCGAGGAAUCUGUCUAUGGAUUCCCUUGUGGUCCCUUUGCCCAACACCAAUGAGUCCUUCCAGCCGGUCAGCAUGAUGCUCCCUCGGAAUAAUUCCAUUGGGGAGUCACUGUCUAGUCAGUACAAGUCCUCUGUGGCCCUUGGACCCGGGGCUGGCCAGCUCUUGUCUCCUGGGGCUGCUAGAAGACAGUUUGGGUCCAACACAUCCUUGCAUGUGCUCUCAUCACAUUCAAAAUCCUUAGACUUAGACCGAGGUUGCUCCACCCUAACUGUUCAGGCAGAACAACGGAAACAUCCAAGUUGGCCCCGGUUGGAUCGAAGCAACAGCAAAGGAUAUAUGAAACUGGAGAACAAAGAGGACCCGAUGGAGAGGUUGCUUGUGCCCCCAACUGCAAUCAAAAAAGACUUUACCAAUAAGGAGAAGCUGCUUAUGAUCUCAAGAUCUCACAAUAACUUGAGUUUUGAACAUGAUGAGUUUUUGAGUAACAACCUAAAGCGGGGAACUUCUGAAACAAGGUUUUGAUGUUAAAAAAUAUAUAAUUUUACAAGGCUGUAUAUUUUAAAACUAUUUUCAUCAGUGUUUCCUUGUUAAAGCAUUGGCGAUAAGCAUUUUUAAUCAAAUGGUUCGUAGUGUAUUUGACCUGGCUGCUUAAUUCUGCAAUGGAGAUAGUGACAUGUUUGGGUUACUAAGACUGUAGUACUCUAUGUUAUCAUAUAUGAUUUUAUUUUUUCCAUUCCUUUGAAAGCAUGAUCUGAAUUAAAGUUUAUUUUCUUUACUUUCAUGUUCUCGUUGACGGUCGUAUUCAUAGAAUAAAGUGUCCAGUUUGGAAAAGGUAGGGAACCAAAGUGUGGGCUAGAAGUACCAAUUUCAGGCCCAAACCUCAAUAUAGUAUACUUGUAAAUGAGUAGGAGUGCAAAUCUUAGUUGUGCUUUUCUGAAUAAUUGCUUUUAUGCAGGAUUGAUUAGACGAUUUAAAAGGAAAAAGAUCCAGCUUCUGUGAGAGCCAAAUGAUAUGAAUUGUUUUAAUUCUGUGUGAGCUAAUGGAUAUGAAUUGGUUAAGUUGGUAGGUAGGUAUUUUUUCAACAUCAGUUCUAUUUUAGUGAUAUUUUAUCAAGAAACCAUGUAUUCAAGAGCCAUGGCUGAG